CUAUCAGUCUACUAUUCAACGGCAUAACUAUUAGUCGACAUUUUAUUUUUCUGUCUGUGAGAGAGGUGGUGCAAAUGAAAAGAUACAAAAUAACAACAACAACAAAACUAGUUACAUAAACUAAAACCAAGAAACUAUUAUGGCCAACUCAAGUGCACCGCAUUCAUCAGAUACUUUUUAAAAAACAAACAAACAAAUAAACAAAGAUACUUUUUUACUGAGUGAGUGACAGUUCCAAAAAUCAUGAAUUAAUCAAGUUUUUUUUAAGAAUUUGCAAAUUUUAUUUAUAAAAAAAAAAACAAUUUUCAUUGACAAAAAAGUAAAAAUAAAAAUACGCGCUAAUUUUCAAACCCUCAGCGUCUCUCUCACUCUCUCUGACGACGACGAACGUACCGUGUGCCAAGUCAAUACCUACAUCAUCCCUUUCAAAGAAUAAAACUUUUACUGCAUGGAGGAUAUAUUUACACAUUACAAUCAAAAUGAACAUUCAUUGUGUAAAAAAUCAUCUUGUACUUGAUAAGUUCUUCCCACCAACACAAAAAAAUAACAAUUCAAACUCCACCACCAAUUUUUCAAACACCAAGAAGUACCAAUUAAUUAAUAAAAAUGUCUGCGUUACAAAUUCCACGUGUGGAUUCGUUCUUCAAACGAGCAACAGGAUCGAAUAGUAUCUUUGGCUCCCCAAUAAAGGACACCAACAAUAUAACUCCGUUGUUUGUAAAGAAUAUCCAACAUCCAAUUUCAGUUGUUUUAAACAACAGCAACAACAUCUAUAAUAGUACAAUCGAUGAAAUCGAUAAUAAAACUAACGAUCAGCCUGGAUUCUUUCCAAAAUUUGUCAUGAAUGACAUUUAUCGUUCGGAAGGUGAACGUUUGAAAACAUUCGAGGAAUGGCCCCUCGAGUAUAUUGAUAAGAAUGUUUUGGCCCAAACUGGGAUGUUCUAUACCCGCGAAAGUGACAAAGUUAAGUGCUAUUUUUGUGAGGUGGAAAUUGGACGUUGGGAGGAGAGCGAUCAUCCAGUGAGUGAACAUAUUAAAUGGUCGGCCAAUUGUCCAUUGUUGCGGAGACGAACGACAAAUAACAUUCCACUUAAUGCCGAUGCUCUGGAACGUAUCCUGCCGCCAGCAAGUUAUGAUGUGUGUGGUAGUAAUGAUUCAAUUGAAGUUCGUCCCACAGCCUAUCCUGAGGGUUCGAUAUCGUCGGCGGCGUCAGCGGGUUCAGGACCAAGCUCGCCUCCGAUUUAUCAAAUGGAUUAUCCAGAGUAUGCGAUCGAAGCUGCACGAUGUCGGUCGUUUGCUGAAUGGCCACGUACAAUGAAACAGAAACCUAAAGAACUCGCCGAAGCGGGAUUUUUCUAUACAGGCGUUGGUGAUCGUGUGAAUUGUUUUAGUUGCGGUGGAGGCCUGAAAGAUUGGGAUGAGAACGACGAACCCUGGGAGCAACAUGCUCAAUGGUUUAGCAAGUGUCGCUAUUUGAAAUUGAUUAAGGGGCAGGGUUUUAUUGAUGCUGUGAUAGCCAAAUGUAAUCGGGCAGCUGAAAAAACUCAAGAGGCUUUGAGCACAACGGCGUCAUCGGCUGGUAGUGAUGCAGAAAAUCAAGAAUGUAGUAGUAGUAUCCAUACCCAAACAUCAGAACAAAACGUCCCAGCAUCAGUAUCAGCAACAGCAACAAUAGCAUCUGCGACGACAAAUGUUGCAACAGCUGCAACAUCAACGGGUGGUUUAGAUAGAGAUUUGCUUCAACGAAGCGAUAGUUGUAACAAUUCUGACAAGAGAAUCAUUCCAGAAGAGAAAUUAUGUAAAAUCUGCUAUGCAGCCGAAUAUAAUACGGCGUUUUUGCCAUGCGGCCAUGUUGUAGCAUGUACGAAGUGUGCGUCUUCAGUUACUAAAUGUCCAAUGUGUAGAAAACCAUUUAAAGACGUAAUGCGUGUAUAUUUUUCAUAAGAACAAAACAAAACAAUAAAAAAACAAAAAAUUUAUAAUUCUAACAUUUACAAUUAAAAUUAUAAUUAUGAUAACAAAUAAAAAUAGAUGUAACAUAACAAAAAA